CUCUUGCAUCAUAUGGUGGUCAUAUUUUGAUACCUCAAUGUUCAUCAGAUAAUUCAGUUGGAGGGUGUUUGACUCAAAACGAUAAAAGCGUGUAUCAGGUACGAGAUUCAUUUGUACUAUUGCUUCGUGGAAUUCUUGCCUCUGGAGUUAUGGCAAGACGAAUUUUGUUAGCAGGUGAAGGUAUAGAAAUGCCAGUCCAAAAUUUGGUUAAAGGAGUAAUUGGAGAGAAAUUAGUGUUUGGAAAAGGAUAUUGGGUUACUAUAAUUUUUGACAAAUUAUCUUCACAUGUUCGCUGGCAAAUAAUUGAAAAGUCAUUAGCAGGUUUGUCAGAACUUCAAAUUGCUAAACAUUUAGGAGUUAGCAAAUCAACUAUCACCGUACUUGUCACCAUUUUAAAAAGUAUGGAUGUGUAG